CACUCCACUCCAGUCUGGGCAACAGAGCAAGACCUGGUCUCAAAAAAAAAAAAAAAAAAAAAAAAGGUUUCUUGCACCUACACAAAAUUCCCAAGUGACUUGGAUAUAUACUCAUAUUCCUUUGCCUGGUCUCCUGACCCCACUUCUACGUGGAAGCCCCUAGUCGCUUCUCCCUCCUUUGAGAUUACAGAUUAAGUAGGUUUGAUCCAUCCAAAUAAAGCAGUAUCUUAAGUGUUUGGGGUGAACCACAUUGACUCAGGUUGGGAACAAGAGAUGGAGGAUUCCUAAUUUCUUCAGGUUGUUCACAUACAUCAUUUAAGAGUUGCAGAGACAGCCCAGUAAUUCAAUAUAUGCGUGUGUGGGUAUGUAGGUUUCCUUUUGGGGGAGGUGGAUGGAGAACUAGGUAGGAUAGAAGUCAAGUUUUUAGGGCAGAAGAUCUGGUCCAAAAUAGGAAAUAGAGGAAAGGGAACACAAAGAAAGAAUAGUUCAAGAUCCCUACUUCAAUACAAGGGUCCCCCAAACUCAUGUUUUACAUCCUUUUUGCCUGGUUCAGAACUUUCUGUAAAGAUGCCUUGGCCAUUUUUCUCUCAAUACAAAAAAGUUUGUAAACAAUAAAACCCCAAAAGAACAUGGAGAAAGACCAACUUUCUCCAUGUUUGUAUAUUUACACAAACUAGGCCACCUAGCAGUCACCAACUGCUACAAAGUCCAGACAAAUACAGGAACUAGAGGGGGCAGCAUCAGGGGAAAACAAACCCAGGAUCAGAUGUGCACCCCUGAACACGUUCUAUCACACUUGUCCCAUUUCAGCCUAGCAAGGGAGGUUCAUGGUGAUCCUACAGGAUGUAAAUGAGGCCCCCUUUUCUCCUUAGUUACCGUGAUACUGAAUCAGCGCUGCAGCAGGGCAGGACGCCGGCUGUGCACACCACAUGAAGAGGCCCUCCCUUAUGGGGCUCCCUUAAACCCAAGAAUUUGGAAAAGUUAAGAAUUUUAGUCCUUGCUUCAUAUAUCCUUCCCUGGACAGCACAGGAGGGGUACAGGGGCACUGGUCUUAACAUUUAGCCUUCCCAAGUCCCGUUUUUUAUGAAUACACACACAUACCCCCUGUUGUGGAUGGUAGGCCUAGCCCAGUCCAGUGGAGGACGGGUCUGGGGUAUGAAGCAAGUCCCAUGCCCUGGGAUUAGGAAACCCUCACCUAACCUUGGUGUCCCUGGGUGUCUCAGCACCUUAGUCUAAUUUUCAGUCUUCCAGUAGCCAGAGAUCAAGUCUUAGGCAAUCCAGUUGAACCCUAGUCUCCUAUGAGACAUUUUCAAGGUGGGGGAGUUUCAGGAGGACACUAUGGCAGAAAAAGCAAGUCUCUGGCAAACAUGUAGUUCAAUAGGCUGGGUCCUCCAUAUAGUUGCUCUUCGUGGUUAGAAAAACAACCAGGAGUAUUCCUGCUAUGCAGGCCUGGAGCUUCUGCUGACUUAUCCCUGAGGUUGCUCGGUACCUGAGAACAGUAGGGAGUGAGGGACCGAGAUUAAAAUAGACAGCAGCACAAACAACAUUAAGGGGAAUAAAAGCUAAGAUGCACUGGAGAUAUCGGUAACACAGCCAGUGCUGUGGGCACCUGGGAGACAGGGACCGAGGUGCAGUAUCCAAGGGAGCAAAUCAGUCCCAUCACACUGGCCCGGAGCUGGGUGGGGUGAGUGUGGGAGCCGCAGGUCUGCAGUGGCCCUUGGCCACCCUGUCUGCCUGUCUCCGCCACCCAUUGCUUGGGACAGUUCCCAGCACCCUGUCCCAAGAGUGGGCUGUGAGGAAACAAGAUGUAAAUAAAGCCCGGCCUGCCCAUGAGGGACUUCCUCCCUCAGAAGGUAGUGGCUGUGGGUUGGGUCCAUUAUCUGGUCUCAUGCUUGCUUAAUCAUUUCAGUCCAGCAUAGGAAAUAUUAUGAUUACCUGUCCUUCUUAAAAAGGAAAACAACUUCCCUGUCCGGGCCACUUUUGAAAGCUGGAGGUUCUAGGGGUGGUGCCUCAGACAAAGCACUAGGCUUCUGAGCGAUUUCCCCUAGCCACCCUCGUUUGCAUUUGGAUAGAGCUUGGUUGGAGUUCCUUUGCCUCCCUGCUUCCCACACCAAGAGGGUAGAAGGGCUGAUGCUGGGAACCAUGCUCUGGGUGCGAGGCCUGCUCCUGGAGGGAGCUGCAGAGGACUGGCAGCUGGAGGUGCUGGAGCAGGCCAGCCUGUGGCUGGGCCGUGGCUCCCUGCGGGCGGGCUUACUGGUAUCGAGCGGCUGCCCCAGCCUGGAGCAGGUGGCCAAGGGUGAGGGCUAUACCCAUAUCCAUUGUUUCACCCACUGCCUUGACUCCCUGGUGAGAAACUUUCUGUGUCACCAUCACAGUGUCCAGAUCAUCCUGGGCACUGCCAGGGCCAUCUGCAGUCAUUUCUAAAGCUCCGUGGAGGCCCGGGGGCUCCUCACCCAGCUCCAGCGCCAGCACGCCCUCCCGGCCCACCAGCCUCUUGAGGAGCUUUUGGUCCACUGGGUCUCGGCCUACCACCUGCUGCAGUGGCUGGUGGAGCAGCAGCAGCCCCUUCAAGAGUACAAGGGCAGGCACCAGCUGGGGAAGGCUGGUGUCGCCUUGUCGGCCACAUUCUGGAGCCUGGCAGACAGCCUCAGCAAGCUCCUGCAGCCCUUCCAGAUGGCGGUCCGCGAGGCGAGUGUGGUGCAGGCCUCUCUGAGCCAGGUGCUGCCCCAGCUGCGCUACCUGCACAUCUUCCUGGAGCAGGUUCACGGACACUUUCAGGAGCAGAGUGUCGGGGAGGCAGGCGCAGCCAUCCAGCUGGCUAAGGGGUUGGCCCUGCAGCUCUGCACUGACUGUCAGCUCAAUGAGCUUUUCUACCGCGAGGAGUUUGUGCUGGCCACUUUGCUGGACCCUUGCUACAAGGGCAAGAUUGAGGCCAUCCUUCCUGUGGGGGCUGACAUUGACCACUGGAAGCAAGUCCUUGUGUACAAGGUGAAGGAGAUUAGGGUGUCUGAAUACUCUCUGACCGCCCCCAGCCCCCUGCAAAACCCCAGGGGUCUGUGCGUGGACCUCACCAGGGUAGCCAGGAGCUGCGGGGUGGAGGGGAAGACGGGGGAGCCUCUGCAGAGCAGUGGCUGCUCUGGGGCCUUCCUGCUGGCCCAGAGGGAGAAGGGCUUGCUGGAGAGCGUGGGGCUGCUGGCCUCCGAGAGGAGUGGGGACUCGCUGUCCACCAAGAGCCACUGGGCCAGCGUCAUUGUCAAGACGUACUGGGAGAAUGAGACUGUCGGAGCCUAGGACGACCCUCUGGCUUCCUGGGAGAAGAAGCAAGAAGCCUGGCCACCAUCUAUCUGUCUUACCCCCGACAAGAGGCUUCUCUGAAAGCAUGUUUGCCUCCCUGAACAGCCCCACCCUUGUAGAGCGAAACUCUUUUCUCAAGGUGGAGGCCAUUGAGCAUACUUGAAGACCAACCUGGAGCAGUUCCCCAACUACACCCCGCCUCCCCUCAUCUGCUCUAGUGGUGACCUGGCCAAAGGGAUACAGGCCCUGCAGUCCGCUCAGGGUGGGAUGGCAGACAUGGCAGGUGCCAGUGCUCACCCUGCCCGUGAACUCCUAGAGAGCCCCUGUCUGUAGUAGGUCAAAGCAGAGAGCCGGGUGUUGCAUCCUGGGUGCCACAUGCUGAUGGCCAGAAUCUUAAACCUAUUUGGUAAGAAAGGGUCAGUUUCUCACUUGACAGAUUGCCAUAUUUUUUUUUUUCUGGGAGAUGUCAUUUUCCAUCUCCCCAUUACUUUCUUUAUGUCUAGCAGUAUGUGCUUACUCUCUUCGUAGGUGACUAUGAAUUUUGUACUACGUGGCUUUGUACACGUGAUGCUCUGUUAAAACAUAAGUGGGUGUGAAGGUCCUUGAAUACACCUUGUCUGUGUGGAUAAGUGGAUACAUGCCCUUAAGAGGCUUGCUUUCUCAAAAAGCGGCCAAGGCUGUGGAGUGGGCGUGUGCUGGCAGGUGGGAUAUGUCCUCAGCCUCUUGGGGGCUGGGUAAGCUAUUGCAGCACUUUCUGAGGCUUGCAGUGUAGGGAGAAGGAAAUCCCAAGGUAGAAUAGCCAUUUCCAGAGUGCUCACAUACCCCACACACCAGUCUUUUGAGGGGUAUCAGAGUAGCCAGAGAACCCAACUAAUGGGACUGACCAGCUAGCUAGGAGAGCUGAGAUGCCAGUCCUCAAAAGGUAUUCUUACCAAUAGUCUAUUUCCAGACUGCUGGAAACCUUGGGGUUUCUUCCUCCAGUGACAGCAGCCUCAGUAGCUUUUCUGGGCUCCCAGCGGCCGGCUGUACACCCCGCGCGCCAUCACCCUUGCCCCUGCUUGUCGUGGACCACUUUUAAAGGGGAAGUUCCUUAUUUGGAAGAGAGAAAGGAUGUGUGUAGCACACACUCAUCAUGGAUUGCUCAGAGUUCCUUUAGGGCAGAGCUAAGGGCCUGGGAUCCAGGAACCAGUGGGAUUGGACAGGAGAAGAAAGAAGGGGGUGGCCCGUCAACCCCACAAGACUUGCAUCCAGGUAGCCUAAGGGUUCCUGGUCACUGGGUAGGGUGGCUGCUGAGAUGCAGGUCGGAAGAGGCAGGGGAAGGCUCCAGGCCUAACUUACAGCAUGUCACUGGCCAUGGAGGUGAAGGGACAGACUCUCCCCUUACUGGCUGGCAGCCCCAGGAACCUGUUCCCUUGCCUCUCCCAGAUGGGUUGCCAGCCCUGUGUUUCACUGUGACCAAUUCAUUCUGACAUUUGGAUAUUACUGAAAAUGUAAGGAAGCAGGAGAAAUUAACUAUACUCCUUUCAUUCAGAGAUAGCCUCUAUCAAUAGUUUGACAUUUUUCCCUCUUUUACAUUGAGAUCAUACCCUAGGUACCGUUUAGUGUGUGAUAUUUUCAUUUUCACAGUAUAAUAACUGCACCUGUUAAAUGAAGUUUUGUAAACAUUUUUAAUGACUGGAAUAGUAUGAUUUGAAUUAAAGUCUGGCCUCCAGAUUGCU